GUAGGGGUCGCUGUGGGUGUUAGCGGCGCAGUGAGCGGGCUGUGUGUGGUGCGGAGCUCGGCGCGGCGUUGGUCGGUGUUGUGUUCGGUGUGGCCGGUCCGCCAUGUUUCGCAAGGUUCGGCGGGUGAAUGUGAGGAAGAGGAAUGACUCGGAGGAAGAGGAGAGGGAACAUGAGGCCCCAGAGCACAGCGAGCCGCCCGCCGCGCCUCCUCCUCCCCCCCUUCCACCCCCCAGCUUCCCUCACACAGACGGCGGCGGUUUUCAGGCGGCCCCCCGGGCCAGAGAACCCAAAUCUAAAUCUAAACUACUCAGCUUCCAGGAUGACGAGGAGGAGGAAGAAGUUUUUAAAAUAAAGAAAUCAAAUCACAGCAAGAAGAUCGUAAAACUCCUUAAAAAGGAAUUUAAAGAAGAUAAGGAGAAAACAAAGCCCAAGUCAGAUGUUCUCCUAGGACUGGAUGGUCAGCCUGUAAGAAAUUUGGCUAUUAAAGAUGGCGGCCAGGAAGAUAUGAACAUCGGUAGUGACCUUGGUGAGGAAGAGAUGGAAGUAGAAAGUGAAAAAGAGGAGGAGAAACCCAAAGCCGGUUCUUUUGCCAACUCCCUGUCGUCGUCGUCAUCUUUAAAUGUUCUGCGCCCAGGAGAGAUCCCAGAUGCAGCCUUUAUCCAUGCUGCUCGCAAGAAGAGACAGCUGGCUCGGGAGCUUGGAGAUGUUCCAUCUUUGGAUGUGGAUGGUGGUAAAAGGUUGGUGCGGGAGGAUGAGAACGAUGCCAGUGAUGAUGACGAUGAUGAUGAAAAGAGGCGGAUCGUUUUCUCAGUACGAGAAAAAUCACAAAGGCAGAAGAUAGCUGAGGAAAUUGGAAUCGAGGGAAGUGAUGAUGAAGCUCUGGCAACAGGGGAACAAGAUGAAGAAAUCAGUCGCUGGGAACAGGAACAGAUACGAAAAGGAAUUAGUAUACCACAGGUCCAAGCACCCCAACCUGCCGAGACAAAUAAUUUGUUCUACCCAAGCACUUACCAGGGAAUACCCUAUGGUUCAGCCUACAAUGUUCCUUACACCUAUUCUGCUUUUGGAUCUGCUGAAACAAAACCUCUAAAACCAGAUAAUUCUGUCUCUUUCAAAACUCCCCAUAAUGAGAUGACUCCUGUUACUAUUGAUUUGGUAAAGAACCAGCUUAAAGACAGGCUCAGAGCAAUGGAGGAUACUCACAAAGCAAAUCUGGAAAUGUAUGAGAAGCAUGAGCAAAGUCGGCAAGACUCCAAUAAAGCAAUUAGCCGAUUAGAAGGGUGUUCUGGGGAUAAUGCGGAACAGUAUCAGUUCUUACAAGAAAUGCGAGGGUAUGUCCAAGACUUGCUUGAGUGUUUCCGUGAAAAGGUGCCUCUGAUUAUCGAACUUGAAACGGCAAUGCACCAGCUGUUCAAACAGCGAGCUGCCCGCCUUGUCCAAAGACGACAAGAUGAUAUUAAAGAUGAAUCUUCGGAGUUUUCGAGCCAUUCAAGUAAAGCUGUCAUGGCACCAAAUCUCGACACUUUUGGGCGAGAUCGAGCAUCUUACCAAGAACACGCAAAGCAGAGGAGGAUAGCUGAGAGAGAAGCCCGAAGAGCACGACGGAGGCAAGCUCGGGAAGUAACUGGCAAGAUGGCCGAACACCUUGAAGGUCUUUCUAGUGAUGAUGAAGAGACAUCCACUGACAUCACUAACUUCAACAUGGAGAAGGAUCGCAUUUUAAAAGAUUCAAGUAAAGUUUUUGAAGAUGCACUGGAAAAUUUUUAUUCUUUUGACUGUAUUAAAGAGCAGUUUGACAACUGGAGAUGUAAAUAUGAGAAUUCCUAUAAAGAUGCUUUUAUUGGACUUUGCUUACCAAAACUUUUAAGUCCUCUUGUACGGCUGCAGCUUUUAACUUGGAACCCUUUGGAGCCCAAUUGUUGUGACUUUGAAAGCAUGAUGUGGUUUGAGUGUUUACUCUUCUAUGGCUGUGACGUGAAAGACGCAGACAAGGAGGAUGCAGACCUUGCUCUAUUGCCAUCCUUGGUGGAAAAAGUAGUUCUCCCCAAGCUUACAGGUAUUGCUGAGAGCGUGUGGGACCCCUUCUCAGCUACACAGACGAAUAGACUGGCUGCCGUGAUGCAAAAGUUAAUACAUGGAUAUCCCACGGUUGUAAAUUCUGGCAAUAAAAGCACAGAGGCUCUACUAAAAGGUUUGUUAGUAAGAAUGAGAAGAACGUUGGACGAUGAUGUCUUUAUGCCGUUGUAUCCUAAAAAUGUUAUAGAGAAUAAGAAUUCGGGGCCAUGUGUGUUCUUUCAGCGCCAGUUCUGGUCAUCUGUGAAGCUACUUGGUAACUUCCUGAAGUGGUACGGCGUUCUUUCCAACAAGUGUUUACAGGAGCUGGCAAUAGACGGCCUGCUGAACAGGUACAUAUUGAUGGCAUUCCAGAAUACCGAGAGUGGAGAAGACAGCAUCAAGAAAGCCCAGAGUGUUAUUGCUUGUUUUCCUAAGCAGUGGUUUUCAAACCUCAAAGGUGGCAAAACAAUUCCACAGCUGGAAAACUUUGCCCGCUAUCUUACACAUCUCUCCGGCAUCAUUUACAGGCAGAAUGUGGGCUGCUCAGAUGUAGAGAAAAGAAAUGCCAGGGACCAGAUCCGGCAGAUAGUAAAGCUGCUUGCAGCCAUCCGCGCUCUGGAAAACGCGGUGUCGGUAGCAAACGAUUACAACAUUAAAGAUAUCAAGACCUCUUCAGAUGGGAAAUAAACUUGAAGACGCUAUGUGCUGUGAACCCAUUCCUUUUGUGUAUAUAUCCUGUACCUAAAGUUUCUAAUUGCUGUAUAAAGCAGUUUGGUUUUAACACAAAGGUCAAUAUUUCUAAAAGACAAACAAGUGACUGAGGAUUGUAUGUGUACCUAGGUUUAUAUGCACAACCAUUGCAUGCAUUACUGCACAAUGGUUCAGAGACCAUUUGUACUGGAGUUUCAGGGCAAGGGUAACGCGGGCCUGGAGGAAUGUUUGUUUCUCUUCCAUUGAGAGAAAUAAAUUGCAGUAAUUUAUUGUCCUUAAUAAGGCAAUGUCUAUGGGAUGCCAAAUGCACCCCUAUGCUAGUCUCAUUUAUCUAUAAACUUGCUCCGCCUCCAACGUCCCUGGCAUUACGGACACACCUUCAUUCCCAGAGCUCAGGAUAAUGAGUGAAUUUCCUUCUCCAAACCGGAGCCACAAUCCAAAGAAAUGCAUCUCCUGUUGUUUACAUGAACAUGCUCCUUCCAGAGCCUGAAGUGAAUCGCGAGAAUUCCAUCUUUCAGAAGGAUGUUUUGUACAAGAAGAUGGAACCGAAAAUGAGUUGGAUGUCCCUCAUUUUGGAAUCACUUGUUCUCCUCUCCAUAAUGCGUUGUCACUGUAAAUACGAAGCUGGUUCCUAAUUUUUAUGGAUCACUCAAUUCUGUUCUUGGACAAGAUGAAAUGAUUUCCCACAGGGCAUGAGCCACACAAUGCCUUGUGCCUCAGUUGUUCUAAUUUUAUAGUGGUACAAGUGAAGCGCUAUUUUAGACAUCCAGACUUUUUCCUUUAUCUGUACCUUUAAAAUCUUAUGUGAGUUGGUAUAACAACUUUGCUGAUUCCGGGGCUUUAAUGACGAGUUUGAGGACAGGGAGAUGCCUGGCUGUCUAUUAUUCUCAGUGGGACUUCUGCCCGUCUAUGGUCGGCUUUACAAUUUUGAAGCAAAUGACUGAGGGUAUUCCUGCUUCAUGCCCUGUUCAUGUCUGCUGUGUGAAGUCCAUACUACUUUUGUGAAUUGUGUACAGAAGGACUAAUUCAAUAAUUAUGUACAGACGCUAAGCUUAAACCCACUUCUGAGAACUCUUGUAUAUUUUCUGACAUUAAAUAAAUUUCUUAGGCUGUUUUUAA